AUGUCGACCUCAACCCCCCACCCCUAUGCCCAAAUCGCCUCCCUCAACAACCGUCUCACCGCGCUAAAAAUGCUCAUUCUAGACUACCGCAAGCUCAUCGAGCGAACCCUCCUCCCCAUCGCCCAAGAAACCAUCUCCGACGCCAACAAAGCCCAAGCCGACACCGAAGCCCAUCUCGACGAAGCCCCAAACCGGAAAGAAAUGCUCGAAGAAACCGCUGUUUACAUGGACGGUCGCACCCACGCCAAAGCCCUGCUCACCCGCUUCGAAGAGCAGAUGGAGGCGUUGGAGGCAUAUCAGAAAGCGCAGCUAGAUGACUUUUACGCUACUGAUAUGGGGUUUGAUAUGCUGAAAGCUGAUGUUGCGCCGCAUAUGAUUAGUCAGGAGGAGACGGCGGUUGUGUUGAAGGUGCGUCAGGCUGGGAGGCAGUUGUAUGAGUUGGCGAAGAAGGCGGAUGAGGUGCUUGCCAAGGAGAUGGUGGAGGAGAAUGAGGUUUGGAAGGAGAUCUUUAGUAAAGAGGAGAAUGAGGGGUUUGCGAGGGAGUUUAUUGAGGUGGUGGCGGGGUGGAGUGGGGUGAAUCGUUGA